AUGAAAGAUUGGGCUUAUAGGAAUGCCUACAAAACUCCAAUAGGCAUGUCUCCAUAUCACAUUGUUUUUGGAAAAGUUUGUCACCUUCCAGUUGAGCUUGAACAUAAGGCUUAUUGGGCAAUCAAGAAGCUCAAUUUCGACAUCAACAAAGCCGGUGACACGAGGAAGCUUCAACUUAAUGAAUUGGAUGCAUUGAGGAAUGAUUCCUAUAAGAAUGCGAAGAUUUACAAGGAAAGAACAAAGCUUUAUCAUGAUAAGAGAAUUUUACGAAAGGAGUUUAUACCGAAUCAAAAGGUGAUGCUGUACAACUCACAACUAAGGCUCUUUCCUGGCAAGCUUCGAUCACGAUGGUACUCAAGUUUUUCCUCAUGGAGCGGUGGAAAUUUAAAACAUGAAAACUGGGAAUCUCUUCAAGGUUAA